AUGGCAGCAGCAGGAUAUCGUGAUGAGGCGCUCAAACUCGCAAUGUUUAUUCCAGGGGAGAGUGCCGGGUGCCAGUGGGCCGAAUCAACAAUCGUCUCCAACACUGCUCUGCUUGAGAAGUUCGCAAAGCUCGACCAGAGGGGCUCCGUCAUUGCAGAGUAUGUCUGGAUCGAUGCCUCCAACGGUGUGCGCUCCAAGUGCAAGACUUUGACCAAGAAGCCAUCCUCGGUCAAGGACCUCCCAGAAUGGAACUUUGACGGUUCUUCGACCGGCCAAGCUCCAGGUGACAACUCCGAUGUCUACCUGCGCCCGGUCGCCUACUACCCCGACCCUUUCAGACUAGGUGACAACAUCCUGGUCAUGUGUGAGACGUACAUGUCCGAUGGCAAGCCCAACGCCUACAACUUCCGCCACGACGCGGCUGUCAUCAUGGAGGCUCAUGCCAAGCACGAAUUCUGGUUCGGUCUUGAGCAGGAGUACACUCUGCUUGGCUUUGACGGCUGGCCGUACGGCUGGCCCAAGAACGGCUUCCCCGCUCCUCAGGGUCCUUACUACUGUGGCAACGGAACCGGCAAGGUCAUGUGCCGUGAUAUCGUAGAGGCCCACUACAAGGCCUGUCUGUAUGCCAAAAUCCAAAUCUCCGGUACCAACGCCGAGGUCAUGCCCGCCCAGUGGGAAUACCAAGUCGGUCCUUGCGACGGCAUUUCUCUCGGUGACCAGCUCUGGAUGUCACGUUUCCUCCUCCACCGUGUCGCCGAGCAGUUCGGUGCCAAGGUCACGUUUGCCCCCAAGCCCAUCCCCGGCGACUGGAACGGUGCCGGUCUGCACACCAACGUCUCCACCAAGGAGAUGCGUGCGGACGGCGGAAUCAAGGCCAUCGAGGCUGCCAUGGAGAAGCUGGCCGAGCGCCAGGUCGAGCACAUGGAGGUGUACGGAGAGGACAACCGCCAACGCAUGACUGGCGCUCACGAGACUGCGUCGUACGACAAGUUUUCGUGGGGUAUCGCCAACCGUGGCGCGUCCGUCCGCGUCAACCGCGCUGUGGCCGAGGAGGGCAAGGGAUACUUUGAGGACCGCCGUCCCGCCUCCAACGGAGACCCAUACCAGAUCACCGGCAUAAUCGUCGAGACUCUAUGUGGCAAGGUCAAGGGCGCCGACAUGGUGCAGGCAGCCAAGAAGGGCGAGGCAGUUGAGAACGAGAUGGUCGUCCCGAUUGCGAAGCCGUAA